AUCGAUAAAUAAAAUCUAGGUGGACGUCGCAUCGGCCAAAUAGACGAUGAAUCUUGCUACCCAACCAAACGUUAAAAUAAUAGCUGUCAAAUUAUAAAUUUUUCUGACACAUUUUGACGACGUAAAAAUAUUCGCAAAUGUAAUUUCUUCAUAUUAAUUCCACCAUUAUCUCUUAAUUAGUCCCCAAAACCAAUAAAAAUAAUGUAAAUUAGGUUAGAGUUUCACUCAAGAAAAUGUCGGUGUCAGUGAAAGAGUUUAGUAAGGCCUGGUGGUCGGAAGUAUACAACAGGAUUAUCGGUGCUGCAGUGUAUUUGGACGCUGCGAGUGCUGAGUGCCUGCACUGGGAUGGAGGGCUUUUCAACUUGCUUGAUGGAGGCGCGGUUGCGGUUAAAAGCCUGUCCCCAUUUGAGUUUUCAACCAAAGAACACAAGAAGGCUGUAUUCAUAACACAAACUACAUCAUUACAGCUACGUACAAUAUGUGAUAUAAUACGUAACAGCGACUUCAGUCACUGCAUAUUGAUAUCAUGUGUUAGCUUAGAGGUUGUGUAUUUGGAAUUAAACGAGGGGAAGGAUGUGAGCGAUGUGAUAGCCGCUGGGAAGGUUCAGGCGGAAUGUACGAAACAGUUGGAGAAGAUGUUGCAGGAAUGGAUUGGAAAAGCUCAAUGUGCAGUAGAAGUCGUUCACAUACCAAUCAGCACAAUAUGCCCCACCAGCGUUGUGUUUCUCACACCACCUCAUCAUAAAGUGUACCCAACGUACAGCGGGAAACUCAUCCCGGACUCAGCCUCGAUAGACUUGUACGGCCUCACCAGCGAAGAGAGGUCCCAAGUGAGGAGGCUGGCUAGCUGCCUUAACAGUAUGAUGGAUUCCAUGAGCUUGAAAGAGGAUAUAUUUUAUAUGGGCACAUACAGUUCUUUGGUGGCUGGAGUCUUGGAGAACUCGCCUGUUUGCAUAGCUAGACGAAAGUACUGUACCAACCCAACAUCUUUAGUCAUAGUAGACCGCACACUAGACCUGUGUGGGGUGACCAGCCAUUCCAUGGAGUCUGUUCUGGAUAAGGUGAUGGCAGUACUGCCGAGGUUCCCUGGACAUUCCAAUGAGGUAGCCAUCGACAUGUCGCCGCUUUGCGAGGCUAAUGUCAUAAGCCACCCAGAUGACGUCCAACUCAGCCCUGGUUGUUUGUACCACGCUAACGACGACUCCUGUAUCCAAACCUUCGACCACAUGAUCAACAAAUCCCAGAAGGAGGUCAUGUUCGACCUGUACAAUAAACUGUCCAAGAUUGAUGUUCAGAAGUCGCCAAGUCCCAAGACUUUGCUGAAAGUCACGCCGCAAAGCGUGGAAAAAAUCGUCACUGCGUCAAAAGGUAACUAUGACAUCAUCAGCAAACACCUCGGCGUUCUACAGCAGGCACUAGCCGUGGUGCAGACUCUGAAGUCUCCAAAGCGCGCGCAAAUCGAGCUGGUCAGCAGUCUGGAGCGUCAGGUCUCGCAGAACUUGGCCGCUAGUAGAGACUCUACCAGUGUUCUGCACCAGAUCACCCACUUAAUAAAGUCACGAAAAGACCGCAACCUCUCCCUAGAAAGUCUACUAGCCCUGCUCGUCCAUAUUUACUCUCUUACCGGGACCGAAGUCUCAUUCUCCAAGCAACACGAAGACAGCCUCACCGAGACGUUGAGUGUUGCCAUAUUUGAAGACCACAAGGCACUGGCGCUCAACGACGACUCAGGGCACAUAGUCACUCCUGAGCAGUGCGAUGAGAUGAGCAAGUCUGUGAUGAGCAGGCUGAAGGAUAUAGCUCAGAUGAGGAAGAUUUUGAAUAAAUACCAAUCGGUGCUGAAACCUUGUGAAAAUGGCGUGGGUCACGAGUACAAGGGUCUCCUGCAGCAGUUGGUGGACGACCUGGUGGAUACAGAGCGUCCCGAGACGCCCGACCUUCGCCACAGGAAUGAGGGCAUCAAGGACCUCUUGCGGAGUGGACUCAACAUCCUAACGAGUAAAAAAGCUCGGAGCACGAAACAUCCGUUCGACAAUCCGACCGUCAUAAUAUUCGUGAUCGGAGGCAUCACAUCUGAGGAAUGCAAGCGGUUACACCGCAGUGUGAUCACCAGUGGAGUGGACAAUACUGUCCUGAUCGGUUCCACUAAGCUGGUCACCCCAGUGGAAGCUAUGCGGAACGCUUUGGCGUUAUAGCGACUCAGGAAUGCAGCGUAAACUGCUGGUAUACUGCUGAUACUGAAGCGAGGCACAACUGAGAAAGGAAUGGACAAUACUGUCCAGUAGCUUUAUUCACGUAACAAAAUUUCAACGACCACAAAUCGCUGAGUUGAGUAAUCGUUCUAUCGAAAUGACCCUUGUGAAUACGGAUUUAGAACUGUUUUUCAAUAGGACGACUUCUAAACGUCAACGACAUUUUGACUGUUUCAAAAUACGUGAAUUAGGCCACUGAUCUGUUUGACUAACUUGCUCACCCCUGUGGAAGCCAGGCCGGCCCAUGUAGGAUGCUUUGGCGUUAUAACGACAUAGGAGUGCAUAAAAACUACA